AUGGAUGACGUUCUCUCUCAGCUCCUGCUCGCCGCAGACCAGCCACAGUGGGGCUGCGAGGCGCUGCUGGGCCAAGUUAGCCCGACCUCGGACCCUGGCUACUACAGCGCCUGCAGUGUCUCGGAAACUGCCUACAACAGCGCCUGUAGCUUCUCGGACCCUGCCUACAACGGAGUCUGCCAGAAUUCGGACCUUGGCUACUACAGCGCCUGCGGAAGCGUCUCCCCGGCCUCGUCCGUCGACUCCGGCUGCUUCUCCCCCCCGACCCUCCCUCGGGGAGCUGCGGACCGCUCGCCCCUACCCCACCCUGUCCCCGCGGCGACAGCGAAGGCGCCGGUUCACCAGAGUCCAGCCCAGGCUGGAGGGAGGAAGUCCCGCUCCAGACACCCGGGGAAGAAGCGACAGAGCGCCAGCGAGAGGGAGAAGCUGAGGAUGAGGGACCUGGCCAAGGCUGUGAGCCACCUCCGCAACUACCUCCCCACGUCCGUGGCCCCCGCCGGCCAGACCCUCACCAAAAUCGAGACCCUGCGCCUGGCCAUCCGCUACAUCGGACACCUGUCCGCCCAGCUGGAGGAGGACCGGACACAGGGAGCCCCAGCGGCCUUCUCCCCGACCCUGCCUGUUGCACAGGAGGUCCCACAGUGCUCCUUCCAGCCCACGACGGCCGAAUCUCUGCCUGCAUUUCAGCCCGGCUUCACCCACUCCAGCGACCAUCUCAGCCCUCUGUUUUCCUACCAGACACAGGAGUGA